UUUCGGUUACCCGGGUAACAGAGGGUGGGAGCAGCCGAAGCCUUCCUAUUCCGGGUCGGGGAAUACACGUGUGUGGAGAGGGGUCAGCCGGCCGGUGAGUAGGGAAGGAUGCGGUGUCACUACGAGCUGCUCGGGGUGAAGAGGGGCUGCACGGACGAUGACCUCAAGAAAGCCUACAGGAAGCUGGCCCUGAAAUGGCACCCUGAUAAGAACUUGGAUAAUUCGGAGGAGGCUGCCGAGCAGUUUAAGUUGAUCCAGGCAGCAUAUGAUGUCCUCGGCGACCCCCAGGAGAGAGCAUGGUAUGACAACCACAGAGACGCCCUGUUAAAAGGAGGUGAAGAUGGAGAAUAUCAAGACGACAGUUUAGAUCUCGUUCAAUAUUUCACUGUGACCUGUUACUCUGGAUACAAUGAUGAUGAAAAGGGCUUCUAUGCCGUAUACCGUCGAGUCUUUGAGAUGAUUGUGAAGGAGGAAAUGGAAAGUAAGAUCAAUAUGGAGGAAGCAGAGGAAUACCCAUCGUUUGGAGACUCCCAGAGUGACUAUGACACGGUAGUGCACGCCUUUUAUGCUUACUGGCAGAGCUUCUGCACGGUAAAGAACUUUGCCUGGAAAGAGGAGUAUGACACCCGGCAGGCCUCCAAUCGCUGGGAGAAAAGGGCCAUGGAGAAGGAAAACAAGAAAACCCGGGACAAGGCCCGGAAAGAGAGGAACGAGCUGGUCCGAGAGCUGGUGGCGUUUGUCAGAAAAAGGGACAAGAGAGUCCAGGCCCAUCGGAAGCUGGUGGAAGAGCAAAAUGCAGAGAAAGCCAAAAAGGUAGAGGAACUGCGAAGACAGCAGAAGAUACAGAAUUCCAAGCUGGCAGAUCAGUACAAGGAGCAGAGCUGGAUGGCCAUGUCUGAGCUGGAGAAAGAGCUGCAGCAGAUGGAGGCUCAGUAUGACAAGGAGUUUGGAGAUGGGACGGAGGAUUAUGAAGAGGAGGCAGACGAACAGCAGAAUGGCAAAGCCAGCGAUGAAGGAGAUGAAGAGGAGGAAUUCUACGAUGACCUCUACUGCCCUGCUUGUGACAAGGCCUUCAAGACCGAUAAAGCGAUGAAGAAUCACGAUAAGUCCAAGAAGCAUCGGGAGAUGGUGGCUCUCCUUCGUCAGCAGCUGGAAGCUGAAGAGAAAGAGUACAAUGCUUCUGUCAGGGAGGACAUCUCUGUCGUGGAGGGAGAAGAAGAGGAGAUACCAUCUGAAGAUCAGGAACCUGAAGAGACCCUAAAACCAAAAUCAAGCAAAAAGCAAAAAAAGAAAAAACAGAAAGUCUGUAAGGUGUCUGACGACGAGACGCCGAUACAAAAUGACAUGGAGAGCAGUCUAAAAAGUGAGACGAUACAACCUAAAGUGGAGGACACAGUCCUGAACAAUGAUCUAGAGCCUCAAGACGACAUCCAAGUUGACAUCCAAGAUACAGAAACCAUGACUGGUCCUGAAAUGACGAGCGAAGAAAAACCAGCAACUAAAGUAAAGGGAAAGAAAGCAAAAGAAAUGAAGAAAGCCACCAAAAUGGCAGCCGCACAAGAAAACGAAGAACAGUCUAAUGCCCCCAUGCGAUGCAACACCUGCUCCUCUGAGUUUUCAACACGGAAUAAACUGUUCAGUCACCUAAAGUCCACGGGUCACGCACUGGCCACUGGUAACCCUCCAGCAAACAUGCCAGCCUCUAAGUCUAAAAAAGAGAAACGGAAAAAUAAAUGA